AUGGAUUUUCGAUUACAUGCUGCAUCUAUGGCAAAUUGAAGGGAUCUGGAAACGCUAAACCUAAUCGGGUGAGCGAGAGCGAUGCUAGCGCAAGGUAGACCCACAAACUACCCGAUCGGGUGUACCAGAACGAUCCCGGGCCCCAAUUCCUUCCAUUGGCAUUGUCAUCAUUGGAGAAAGUUGAGUAUGGAUAAGGAUACCCCUAUAAGAAGGUCACAUCCUCCUCAAGCAUUAAUGCCAAACCCUUCGCUCACUGCCCACCAAAACGAACCAUCCCCUAAAAGCCAACAUGUUCAUCCCCAGCGUCCACGCCGAAACCGACACAGAGGCCCUCCUCCAAUUCAUCCACGACAACCCCCUGGGCCUCCUCAUCACCGGCAUCCCCUCCUCGGUCCAUGACUUCCUGCAAUGCACCCACGUCCCCUUCGUCCUCGACCCGCCCACCCAAACCGAGCCCGCCCGGCUACGCGCGCAUAUCGCCAAACAAAACCCGCAAGUCAAGGCCCUCCUCGAGACAGCCCCACAGAACGACAACAACCCAACGCCGGAGAUCCUCACGCAUGCACAAGAAGUCCUCGUUGUGUUCACAGGAAGCCACCACCACUACGUCACCCCGAAAUUCUACACCCAGACCAAACCGGACACCGGCAAGGUCGUGCCCACCUGGAACUACGCCGCCGUCCAGGUCUACGGCAAGCUCUCGGUGUACUACGAUUCCCGCUGCGCGAAGUCAGGCCAGUUUCUCGCGAAGCAGAUGCGCGAUCUGUCGGCGCGGUGCGAGCGCGGGAUUAUGGGGUUUACCGGUGAACAGGGGCGGCAGGGCCCGUGGACGGUUGAGGAUGCGCCCGAGCGGUAUAUUGAGCUCAUGCAGCGGAAUAUUGUCGGGGUGGAGAUUGAAGUCUGUAAGGUGGAGGGGAAGGUCAAGAUGAGUCAGGAGAUGCGGAAGGGGGAUCGCGAGGGGGUCGUCCGGGGUUUUGCGGGGUUGGGGGGCGAGACGGGGACGGCGAUUGCGGAGUUGGUGCGUGAGAGGGGGGAGAUGGCGGAGAGGAAGAAGGGGCUGUAGUGUAGGAUUUGUUGAUGGUC